AUGCGCAUGCAAACUCGUUCUAUGAACAAGGUACCUAUUGCUUCCUCUAGCUCUGAGAGCGAGGAAAGCGUCGAGAUGGAUGCCCCGAGAGGCACCUCGACUGGGACUGGCAAAGGAGAAGUUGGCUCCCGCUCCCGCGGUCAAGAUGACGCGGGUGAGUCGGGAGGUCGCUCCCACGCAAACGUGGAUGUCGACCGCGACGAGGGCAUCGAUAGCCUCGUCGAGGACCACUCCCGUGCAAACACGGAUGUUGGUCACCGCUCCCGCUCUGCGGAUGUCGGUAAUAUCUCCUCCAGCGUGCAAGACGACGCUGUCGAGCAUGGCUCCCGCAACGACGCGGUUGAGGAGACAUCGAGCAUGGGCCCGCCCGCCUCCGUCUACGAGGACGGCUCGAAUCGCGAGACUGACUUCCACCAGUCGUCUCCGGAUCUUCUCGGGUUUGAAUCCCCAAGAAGAUUUUCACGCGCUCAAACCACGCGUUCGCCAUCACCGAAGCUCAACCCAGCCCAGUUCUUUGGAGAUUGGGUUCAGCUGGAUCUGAUGGAUGCAGAUGAACCCCUGGUUACAGGCUCGCGGGACUCCAAACCCAUGAUCUGGGCGGAGUCUACUGACGCUGACGGUUUGGGAGACAUCCCGUUAGCGUGGAUGAAAACAGAGCCGGUUUCACCAAAGCUCGCAUGGACGCCACCUGUUUCGGAUAGUAUCAAUAUAGAUUUUGAUUCUUUUUGGUCUCGGAUUGGACAGAAUUUCACCGCUGAGCAGAAGGAAACUCUGAUGCGACGCAGUGAGAAGAUGAAAGAUGUCAAGAUGAAGCCAGCCGGGUCUGUCUCAGAGACCACUGGCCCACGCUCACCAAAGAAAGUGCCAGUCAAUGACAAUGGGCUGUUUACCGCUCGGGGAUCUCAACCUUCCCGCACUGCCGUCAGUACCCCGCGUAUUCCAGCAGCUGCGAAGGGCAAGGGAAGAGCACCGCAAGGGGAAACGGAACAUGUCAUUCGAAUUGAGCACAUUUCAGAGGAUGAGCUAGAGGCAGAUGAAGCACGUCUUCGACAAAUUGAGGCAGAUGCUUUGCUUGCUAUGCGACUCCAGAAUGAGCUGCCGCACAUACCAGACUCUUUCCCUCCAGGACCAAGGUUUGAAAAUACCCCGCGACAGGCCGGCACCUCGAAAGCUCAUGCCGCUCAGGCAGAGGAACGGCAGAUCCACCGUGACCGCAUUCUGGCUGAGCAGCUCCACAAUGCCGAGUUCGAGGAGGCGAAGCAAGCACGGCAAGCGAGACGCGGAACCGGCAACGUGCCCGAACAACCGGAGACCCAAACGCGAACUGUAAAGCGUGAGUCACGUGGACGUGAAGGCGAUGACGCGAAGCAGAGAAAGUCGCAGAAGGCUCAAACGCACAGCCGCGAUUUGCUCGAACAUACGCCUAAGCCUUAUCUGAAGGCAACAGAUCAGUUCCCCGCCGACAGCAUCCUGCACAAGGCUACCCAUAGACGCCGACACGAGACACCGCCGUCGAGCUCGGAUGAUAGCGACUCGUCGAGUUCAAGCAGCGAUAUACCAAGCAUAUUCCGGGGGACAUUUGGACCUGGGAGGAAGAAGCACCGCAAGAGGAAGUCAAAGAAGGUCUCUAAAAAGCCAAAGCGGGACCCGUCACCAUCCGACUCCUCAAGCGGGAAAAGUUCUCGGUCCUCGUCUUCAAGAUCUUGGGACUCCGACAGCUUCGACUCAGACUGGGAAGCAUUUAUUCCUCCCUCGGAAGCCGACUCAAAUGCAUCUGAGCGCACGAAACGCCAGAAGAAGCGUGACAAGCAGAACUAUCUAUGA